CUCGAUCAACCCUUCGACUAACCCAUCCAGCAAAAAUGGCCGCUGAUACCCCCGCGAAGUCCGGUCUGGCCGUUGGCCUCAACAAGGGCCACAAAACUACCCCCCGUGUUGUCAAGCCCCGUGUUUCCCGAACCAAGGGUCACCUGAGCAAGCGCACCGCUUUCGUUCGCGAGGUUGUCAAGGAGGUUGCUGGCCUCGCCCCCUACGAGCGCCGAGUCAUCGAGUUGCUCCGCAACUCCAAGGACAAGCGUGCCCGUAAGCUCGCUAAGAAGAGACUCGGUACCUUCGGCCGUGCCAAGGCCAAGGUCGACGAGCUCCAGCGUGUCAUCGCUGAGUCUCGCCGUGCUGGUCACUAAAUCGCUUAAUCUGAUUUCUGGGAAUCUGGAACCGAAUGGGGUUCGCAUGGAUUGGCGUGGUCACGGUAUGAUCUAAAAAAUUAACGGCUUUGAUGCUCCGUGGCAAAGAAGCUGCGGCUCACCGGAAUACCAACACUUUCAAGCAAUUUAUGGCAUAAUGAUCAAGCCACGCUCCUACCAGUUUA